CCUCUCACUACUCUUUCCCCGGCAGUCAGCAGCGGUUUCCCAGCCUCCUCAGCGUCAACACGCCCGUUGCUGGUUUUCAAAAACACAUAUGUCUGACGAAGAGCCAAACAUGUCGACGGGUAGGAAGACAACGUUAAGUGAAAACACGCUUUUUGGGAUGGGAAAUCCUUUGCUCGACAUUUCAGCUGUUGUGGACAAAGACUUCCUUGACAAGUUUGGACUGAAACCUAACGACCAGAUCCUCGCCGAAGACAAACACAAAGCCUUGUUUGAAGAAAUUGUCAAGAGGAACAAAGUUGAAUACCAUGCAGGUGGCUCAACCCAGAACUCAGUGAAAAUUGCUCAGUGGAUGAUCCAGAAACCCCACAAGGUGGCUACCUUCUUCGGGUGCAUCGGUACCGACCACUUCGGGGAGAUCCUGAAGAAGAAGGCCGAAGAAGCCCACGUCGACGCCCAUUACUAUGAGCAAAAUGUGGAGCCGACCGGUACCUGUGCAGCCUGUAUCACUGGGGACAAUAGGUCCCUUGUUGCUAACCUGGCAGCGGCAAACUGCUACAAAAAGGAAAAACACCUGGACUUGGACAGCAACUGGGAGCUGGUGAAGAAAGCCAAGGUCUAUUAUAUUGCGGGUUUUUUCCUGACUGUGUCCCCGGAGUCAAUCCUCAAGGUGGCGAAGCACGCUUCAGAUAACAACAAAAUCUUCUGCAUGAACCUCUCAGCACCCUUCAUCAGCCAGUUCUUUAAAGAGCCCUUGAUGAUGAUCAUGCCUUAUGUUGACAUCUUGUUUGGCAACGAGACGGAGGCGGCCACAUUUGCCAAAGAGCUGGGCUUUGAGACAGAUGACAUCGCAGAGAUUGCAAAGAAGACCCAAAACCUCCCCAAGGAGAACACAAAGAGGCAGCGAGUGGUGGUCUUCACUCAGGGCAAGGACGACACUGUUGCAACUGUUGGUGAGAAGGUGACCAUGUUCCCUGUUUUGGACAUCGACCAGAACGCUAUUGUGGACACUAACGGCGCAGGAGACGCCUUCGUGGGAGGAUUCCUCUCUGCGUUGGUCCAAGAGCAUGCAUUGGAGGAGUGUAUCCGGGCCGGACACUACGCCGCCAAUGUCAUCAUCAGACGGGUCGGUUGCACCUUCCCAGAGAAGCCAGACUUUCACUGAUGCAUCCGAGCACUGCUCAUUUGUCUUUCCCACAAGAUACUUGGAUAUGUAUGCUUCUUCAGGAUUUUCUGUACAUUUUUUUCUAUUUACAGUGACUGACUGCAUGGGACUAAGUGCUGCAGCUUGGAUAUUUUAUUAAGCUCAAAUAAGCAGCUCAGAUGUUUUAAUACAAUCAUAACAAUGUACUAGUAUCAAAUGUUGGAAUAUUAUGGUCAUGUUAAAAGGAGUAUUCCACUGAAAAUCAACUUUUUGAGUAUCAAAAACUCAGCGCCUAUAGAUGUGAAAGGUGGAAACUUCCCAAACCACUCCUACAGCAUAAUCGGCUUCUCCACCAUUGAUCCAUUUGUUCUCUAUAGUUAAAAUUCAUAGUUUCUCUUUUCAGGAAGUAGUGUAUUUAGUGACUUAUUUGCUAAGUGGCGAUAGUUUACAUCAUACUGACGAUCGGAUCAGUGGUGGAGAAGGAAAUUAUCCUGCAGGAUGGGUUUGCAAAAAGUUUCUGUGGACAUGUAGCUCGAUGUAGUAGACAUGUAGACAUGUAGUUUGUUUCUUGCUCCUUCAUGGAGGAGUUCCAAUCGAUUCUAAUGAUUACCCAAGAGUCAAGGCCAAAAAUACCUAUUUAAACACUCAUAGAAACUUCUCAAACCAUCACUCAUGCGUAAUCUACUUCUCCACUGAUCCUUAUGCUCAAUAUGUCCCUAAUUAUUAAAGCUUCACCAAUAAAUUGCUAAUUCCACUGCUUCUGAGCUUUGAAAAGCUAAUAGCGUGAGAAUCGUCCUUCACAAAAUGGCGAGCUACAAACUUUGUUGAGCCUCCUUUCAGGCCUGCAGGUGCUGAGUGUUGUGAUACUGUAGUCUAUAAAAUUUAGUAAAUUUUCAGUUGAAUAUUCCUUUACUAUUCAGCUGUAAUACUGCAAAAAAAAAACAUGGAUUGGGGUGCCAUUAUGAGUGGCUGUCCAAUAUCAGGAAGUGAAAGUUUUAACAGGACAAAACUGGAAAGAAUGUUUUUUUGUUAUUAUACAAAUAAAACAAUAUUUAACUCAUCCUGUCGAGAUACAACUAUUGAAAAAACAUAUGAUAUUUUGUUUUACCAGCAGCUGAAAUUUCUGUAAAUACACCAACAACAACAACAAAAACAAUGUUAUAACACACUGGUUUGUGGAUUUCCCCAUUAUUUAAUCAGCCAGAGGCUCCCUCGUGCUAAUCACUUUUGGACAGCUCAACACCCCCCAUUAUGGAGGGCACAGAGGAUUGGGGGGUGGGGGGGUUGGGGGCAGGACCAGCCUGGUGUCCUGGCUCCGCUCAGUCACCCCCCACUCUUGCUCUUUGGGUCCUAACUGGACUCUCGGGGUCUGGAGCUGCACGGCAGGGCUACAGGAGAUCAUUUUUCUCAGUUUAGGGAUUAGUGGUUGCUCUUCGUGGCGAUCAUUAGAGGGACCUGAAAAUUAGGCUGAUCCUUUAGACCCAGCUGUGCUGUCGCUGGGGGUUGGAGACAAGGAUCAGAGGGUGGCCCCUCCCCUUACACCCCCCACCACCCCCUUCCCACUGACUAUGGACCAGCAGAAGUGUUGGGCAGUGUCUCAAGUGUUUUGUGGAAAACAAUUCAACACUCAUCUGUUCUACAAAGGAGUGAGCUUGAGAAUAACAUUUUUGAUGCCCUAGAACAACCUGUUACAUCAUAUUGUCUUUUAUUUUCUCCGAGCAUGUCAGGAGGAAUCCAAUUUUUACUCUCCCUGCACUAGAGCUCAGUUUUCUGUAAUGAGGCAUAGUUUAUGCAUUUAUGCUAAUCGGGGCCAUCUAGGUGAAAACAUUCUCCAGCCAAAAUGUUAUUAACAACUUUGAGACACUUUUUUUCAUCAGCAUUUUUUAAGGUUUCACACAGAUGCGCUUUGAAAAGGACCACAUUUCUGAUUGGGCAAGAUCACACUCCAUGGCAGCUGGUUCAUUUGCUUCUCAAGAUGACAGAUGGCAAAACACAAACACAAAAAGAGGGAGCCAUGAUUAAGUAAUGAGAAUGCCUGCCACAAUAAGGAAACUACUAAACAUACUUUUCUCACUUUUCCUGGUAAACUUUUGCUUUGCUCAAUGAAUGCAAGAUGUGGAAAAACAAACAUAGAAUGUGUGCAUUUAAUUUACAUUUUAUAAUACUAUGCUAUCUGUUUUGUAAGAUAAUGAGCUGUAGGCAUUUUGAAAAUGUUUAAUGCCAGUUUUAUUGUGUAGCAGCAAUCUACAAAAUCUCUUUUCAUUUACUGUUUUGAGUUCAACACGCUGUAAACAACUUUGAAGUAGGGGGAGGAAAAACUUGACUUUGUGAUAUUUGCCUACAAAAGUGAGUUCACGACCAGAAUAUAUUUUUCUGAAUGCAGGCAAAGGAGUAACUGGGGCCCUGGCCAGUGUUUUGCCCCGCAGAUGGGCAGCAGUGUUUGUGAACACCAGUGUGGCAGUUGGCAGGGAUUGAGGAGGGGGAUGGGCAGAUUGCAAUGGCACAUGCUCCAAUUCAAAUUAUCCCUGGACCCAUGCAGCAGUGGAGGACCUGCUGGGGCCCAGGGUGGCAUUCAUUAUAACCAGACACAGGCAGGUUUGGUCAGUGCCUCCAUCAUGACACCAGUCCUACAUGCAUCAAAUCUGAACCCUCUUCAUUCCCAUUACAGCUGCUUUGACAACAGCAACUCAGUGAAAUAACAUUUUAUUUGCAUGUAUUUACCACAAAUUGUCAGUAAAUAGUUUGAUAUAAAUGUCAAGGACUGAAUGGCAGGAAGAUACUGAAUGAACUGAAUCUACUGAAGCAGUGUAAAUGGGACGAACGGGUAAACAGAAAGCAUCCACAAGGUCAUCAAGGUAAAGUGAGGUGCAGCUGAUGAAGAUGCAGCAUAAUGAUACAAUGACAAGACUAUGAAAACAUGAAUUAAAUCAAUCCAAAUCAAA